AUGAUGAAAGAUAAGAAGCCCGGCCGGAUGUCCACGACAUCGGAGAAGCGCCGCUCCUUCAUACCCGGCGGCAGCUCCAGCGCCAGCAGUAAUAACAAAGAAUCCAAAGACACGAGUGGGGGCACCAACAGCAGCAGCACGACAGCCUCGAACACAGCUUCUUCAAAAUCUCAAGGGGGCUCGAGUACACAUGUCAUACACAACUCGCGAUCCACAAGCGCAUCGAACAUCAUUGCCCCGCCCCCGCGCGCACACCACGCGCCCUCGAGCUCCUCCGCACCACCGAACCCCGACGAUGGGAACACCGCCCGCGAAGUCGGAAAAGAUGGAAGGGACAAAGAGUCUAGAACGAAAGAUACCCCCGGAGGUAAUAACUCCGGAAACAGCAGUAGUAGUGGCAGUGGCACCGGCGCUGGCAGCGCGCUCCUCAAAGACAAGGACGCCCGCAUAGCGCAGCUGGAACGAGAGCUCGAGAUCAUGGAGCGUGAGUUCACCCGCGAGCUCGACAAGCUCUCACAAAACGAGUCGGAAACAGCCGUCUUCUGGCAGGCCAAGCACAGCGACCUGAAUCAGCAGUACCUCCGCGCGGACGCAGACCUGCGCCUGUUGCGUCAGGAAUCCGAGGCCCGGGACGCCGACCGAGAUUCUUUGAUGCGGGAAGUCGGGGAGUUGAGGGCGCAAGUCAGGGGCCUGAAGGAGUUUGUGAGCACCAGCACGCGGACCAGCGGGCAGACUUCUGACGAGGUCUUCUGUGACGGCAUGGCGAGGUUAGGAAACGGAUUGCAGAACUGGGUCAUUGUCAACUUUCGAAGGGCCAAGUUGGACGUGGCUGCUGCCGGUGAGGAAACUCGCGAGGAGCUGGGGAGAUUGGUUCCGAUGCACGCCGACCUAGAGCCCGCAGCAAAGGUGCAUAUGCUGCAGUCUAUCGUAUCGCGGAUCCUUGUGGACACGAUAUUUGACUCUUACUUCUUUGGUCUGCCGAAGGAGCAGGCAGAUCAACUGAAAGCAGUUGAAGAAAUGCUUUCAUCCUAUGUCGAAUCCCCAGAAGCACUAAAUAACUGGCGCUCCUCGACACUCGCCCUCCUCCAGCGUGAGGCCGAGGCAAAGAUGCAGGAAGAGACGUCAGCAGCAACGGAGCGCGUUAUUGCCCGCGUCAACUCCAUUCUCGACGCCGUGACAGACGCCACGGCGACUGAGGCCCGCGACACAGCUCUCCGUGCCCUUGUCGGCAGCGCGGCAGAUCUGGCGCGGCAACUCGCCGUGCAAAAAGCUGUAUUUCGGAUCCAUCUCCCCGAGAUCCUACCGCACCAACAAACCAAGUUCGAUACCGCCACUAUGGAGGACAUUGGUGGAGAGGAUGAGGAGGCCCUCACGCAGCGCGAUAUCGCGUGCGUCACAUUCCCCGGCGUUAUCAAGCGCGGGGACGAGAACGGCGGGCACAUGCAAUAUCAGAAUAUCAUUGCAAAGGCUAGGGUACUCUGUAGUCCCGAAUGA